AGCGAUCGGGUCGUCGAGUAUAUAAGCAAUCGGCCGAAAAGCAAGAGCAUCAUUCAGUCACUGUUCAUCAGCAGCUGAUCUCCUGCGAGCCAAACUAAUCCGACCAACCAUGAAGUACUGCGUUGCUAUCCUACUUCUGGCUCUCUUCGCCAUCGUUAUGGCGCAGAAGAGGGUGCCCAACCUUAAGGAAGAAGCUCCGAAAUCGGAGAUCGAGGACGCGAGAAACAAGAGAGGCGCGUAUGGAGAAUAUAACCAUGCAUACCCAUACUCAGUAUAUCCUUAUGGCUACCAAUACCAUGGAUAUCCUUAUGCCUAUCAUGGCUACCCAUAUGCUUACAACUCUUACCACUACCCCUAUUAUGGCAUCUACGGCGGCUACCACCAUUGAAGUGAAUACGACGACUACGGUUAAAAUGAAGGCUAGGAUCUCGACGACGACUUGUAAUU